CCAAUCGAUACAGUCAGGUCGGAUAGAAGCGAUAACGACUACAACUUACUCUAAGUAAAAAGGUGCACAAAGGGAACACCAAGCGGACGUUUUACGGAGGAUGUACCUGUGAACGUGUGACUUUACUAUGUAUUAUUCAUACCAACUCAUAUUGAACCUGAUUCAGCGUGUGACGUGAGUAUAAUUAACCAUGGACUAAUGAUGGAUCUGUAUAAUAAACGUAAAUUAAAUACAGGUCAAUAAGAAGGGGUGUUUUUGGCAUUCGUUGGUGUAUAGAAGUAACAAUUCGUUCAUUCAUUUAUCAUGUGAGACGAUAUAUGUUGGAGCAAAGCAAGUUGUUUCGUGUAGUCUAUAUAAUGUAAUUUGGUAUUCAUUUCCGUAUAGUCAAUAUGAUUGAAACAGUUCAACGUCGACCUUACUUGUGAUAAAUAGAUUUUGAAAGGAAGUAACACGAACAGCAGAGGAUAACAUGUUUUAAGAAAAAAACUUCUGUGCAUUGACUUAUGGAAUAAGUCCAAUUUCCGGGAAAAUCACAAACAAUGGACAUCACCACGUCCUAUAUUAACCAGACAAAUGACACGUUCGCAGUUUCAGGAGAAGAGUAUGUUCAUUUUCUAAACAUAAUUGUGUUUAUAGAAGCGACAAUGUGUGUUCUUGUAGUAGUUGGGAACGGAUUUAUAAUAACUUUGAUUGCAAGGAGAAGGUUGCUGGGGAGAUCUACAAAUAUAUUUGUGUUUUCGAUUGCAACAGCUGAUUUUCUGAAUGGGAUUUUAUCGAUACCCGCACGUGUCCUAUUUCUUGUCGUUGGAGGAGAUUCAACAGCCUAUCUAUGCAAAUGUCACAAAUUCUUUAUGUAUUUGACGAAAACUGUUGUGCCAUACACAAUCUUGUUCAUGACAGCGGAAAAAACCAUGCGGAUUUUAUGCCCAACGAGAGAGAUAGUAACGGUAGCUAGGUGUAUGUUUUUCACCAGUUUGUGGUGGUUCUUCAGUGCGGCCUUUAACAUCUGGAGUGUUGUCUUAUAUACAAAAGGAAAUAUAAGUAUUGUCAACAACGAUGUUCCCACAUAUCAAAUACCCAGUUGUGUUCUUAAUUCUAGAUUCAUCGACUUACACAUCGCUUUUCUAGUGAUAGAUGUCAUCGUUAUUUUUCUGAUACCUACUUUCGCAAUACUUGGAUUAUAUUGUGUGCUGGUCCGAAAUUACUUCACUGUGCUUAGGGAGAGAAUUUCUACUUACUUCUAUGUGAUAAAACUAUUCAUAGCGUUGUUUAUAACAUUUGUGUUGUGCCACCUUCCGUUAGAGAUAUUUACCUUCCUCGACAGCAGAACAAAGCCAUUUACAUUGUUCUAUGUGCUGGCUUCCAACUUUGCUACUUCGCUUUAUUUCACACGAGGUAUAUGGAAUUUAGUUAUAUAUGCCUAUUUUAAACACUAUGUUUGUCGGAAAAGACAAUUUUCCAGCAUCCGCGCAAAUGGAGCCUUUCGAGGGGGAAGCAUGGGAGUUUUACGGCAGCGCUUCAGACCGAGAGAUCGAUAAUUUUACAUGUCCAUGCUGUUUUAAAUUCGUUUCUUGAAUUAAAAUAACUCCACUCUAAAUGUUCACUUAAGUGAAUAUUUGAUAUAUUUUACCGGUUGCUGGCAAACCGGAAGUAGAAAUAUUGAACGGUUCUAACAUUUAAUAACAUUGACAAAUUCUUUUUAAAAGAAAUUCUAUGAUUUGUUUUUGUAUUUUACUUCCACUUUGAUUACGAUAUCCAUUUUGCAAAAUUGCGCUCUAAUAAAUGUUUUUCAUAAUUUUACCGGCCGGAAACAAAUCUUAUGAAAUGGUAUUUGAAUUUGCUUCAACAAGUGAGGAUAUAAUCAAUGUCAAAGGUCAAUGAUAUACAUGAAACACAAGUGUAAGCAAAGCAACAUACAAGAAUUAUCAUGUUAUGUAUCAUAUUUCUACCAUCAAAGGACACUGUGUUGUUUUAUACCGAAGUGUUUUAUAAUUUACCCGUUUGUGGACGCUACAAUACUGAGUAUGACUUUUCAACAAUUCGAUAAUCAAUUCGAUUUAAUCAUUAGAACAUCAUUGAUGUUGAAUAUGAAUAUCUGAAGAUCACAAGAGUUUUGUAUAUAGAUUAACCUGAACAAAUACAGGAUAUAAUUAUAGGAGAUAUAAAAGCGAAUUGUUCUAGCAAUGCAAACACAUCACGAGUAUGACAAAUUAAUAUUACACGAAGGAGGCCCAGAGGGAAAAUGCUUUUAUCUUUUUUAUAAUAAAGAAACAUUUAUGAUAAUAAACACGA